AUGGCCUGCAACAGCCUCUGCCGUCCCUGUGGACCCACCCCACUGGCCAACAGCUGCAACGAGCCCUGUGCCCUGCAAUGCCAGGAUUCCCGCGUCAUCAUCGACCCUUCCCCUGUGCUGGUCACCCUGCCAGGACCCAUCAUGACCUCCUUCCCCCAGAACACCGCCGUCGGAUCCACCUCCUCCGCUGCCGUGGGCACUGAGCUCAAUGUGCAGGGACAGCCCAUCUCUGGGGGCUUUGGCUACGGCCUUGGCUUUGGCCUUGGCUAUGGCCGUGGAUUUGGCUAUGGGCUGGGAGGCCUGGGCUGCUAUGGCAGAAGGGGCGGCUACAUCUGCUAA